AUGUUGAUCCCAUCCAAUGUUCUGUCGUUGCCUUCUCUAGGUGAAGACGUCCAGCUCGGCAUGCUCUACGAUGCUCGAACUGGGCAAUUCUUCGGUGGCGCUUCCUUCUGGAGCAACGAAGUUGUAAACACCAAGCAAGAGAUAGCCGACAAGGUCCAGAAUGCAGAGUACUCAUAUACAGAAACUCUCGACGAAGCCCGCAAGUCCAUUGGUCUCAACAUUGAAGGGGCCAUCGCGCUGGACCUCGGCAUCAUCAAGGCGGUAGGGUCGGCCAAGUACCUGAAUGACACAAAGUCGACAUCCCACGAGGCCCGCGUCGACGUCUCAUGCACUGUCAUUCGGCGUACUCGCCGCAUCCCGCAGGAGACCCUUGCCACAAUGCAGUUCGAGGGCAGGCUCAAUGACGAUCGGUUCACUCACUUUGUCGGUGAGGUGGUUGAAGGUGGGACUGCGACGCUCAGCUUCAUUCAGUCCUGUUUUUCAGAAGAGGAAGUAAAAAAGGUUCAGGGCUCCCUCAGGAUGGCACUCAAGUGCCUGCCCAUCGCCGAGGUUGGCGGCGACUACUCGAAACUAGACAACGUUUCUCAUGAGAGCGUCAAAGUGACCUACUCUGGAGCUCUUAUCGAGCAGGUCACCAGCAUUGAGGACGCCUGUCGCGUGGCGGGAGAGAUGCCAGCAAAGCUUGGUGAGCAGCUUAAUAGCCUGUCGUUCAAGCUCUAUCCACUGGACAUACUUGAUGGCUCUGCUCGGCACCACAUACGUGCUCUAGAUGACAGCCUGGUUAACGAUGUCGGUGCGGCUAUUAAAUACGGUAGAGAUACCAUGCUCCGGCUCAAGGAGCUACAAGAGUUGGACGUGUUCAAAAAAACAUUUCCCAUCAUCAAAGACCAGAUCUUCAACAUGGAGAUCGUCUUUAGAUCGGUUAUGACAAACUUGGAAAGCAUCGCUCGCCGUCUUUUGCCGAGGCUGCGGAAUGGCGUGACGGACUACGACGCAAGUUUCAACGAGAUACGAUCUGCCUUGACUUUGUUCCACCAGCGACUGGAAAUAGUCCACCAAUUCAUUCGGAAGAAGCGAACGGAGGCUGGCGUCUUGGCUGAGACCAUUUCCCUCCUCCUCACAAAAGGCUUCGAGAACAACCUGGGGGCGGCCAAGCCACAGUCAAUGGUAGUCAACGAUACUACGCGCCUCCUAUUGUCGUGGUCAGGCAAAGCAACUAGUCAGGCCUAUCAUCCACUGGAAAAGAAGGUCCAAGCAUCAGAUCUCAGAGAUCUUUCUAGCCAGAUUUCAGACGAUGAGGAUGAGGAUGAGGAUGAUGAUGAAUGGUUCGAGAGCCAACAGUCUGUCGCAAACAUUCGGGAAUCAUGUAAUGUUCUGCUUGAACAAAAAUCGCGCUGCAACACCAAUGUUACUUUUGGAGUAACCAGCGUUGAAAAAGCAUAUCGUCCAGGGAAGACUAAGCGCGUCAAGACCAGCCUGGGCGACAUCUUACUGGAGAAAGAAGGAAAACUGCUCAUCGUGACGGGAAUGAUCCCUAAGAAGCCCACUGCACCGUCAUUGACCGUUAUUGAACAGUCAAUCAAGGUAGACUGGUUCAAGGAGAGAAGCGAGGAGCAGGAGCAGGCAAUCCCCACCACCGGGUUUAAGAUCACGUUUCGUCCAAAGCCUAACCACGAGAAGGACAGUCCUUUAUCGUCCUUGACCGCAAAUGAGUCCACACAAUACAUCAACUGUGGACCGGAUGAGACACUCACCCGUAUCGACAAGACAAAUCUCGGUACAAAGCUUCGUGACGAUUGCGACUACGAAAUCACCUUGACAUUGGAAACAAUGGUUGGAGCAUCAGUCUGUAGUGAUCGUGUCACAGAACGGACCGAAGCCUUGCCAUCCGUAGCCGACCGAAUGAUCAGGUAUCACCAAGCAAAUAGGUAUAUUCUCUCCCGCGCCCCAAUGCCGCAUGUCUCCUGGAAGUUUUGCGACGAUCGAGGAACACCAACAUUAUACCUGGGUCUGACCGUCAUAGCGACACGGAUGUGCAGUGACCCUCGCUUCAAGAAGGAAGUUGCGGUUCGCAUCGUCGACGUCGCCACAGAGUUCGACAAAGAGACCCCCGCUGCAGACAUUCAGGACACCGAAAGGACGGUCGUGGCCGUAUUCACUGGCAGCAGUGGUCAUGGCAAGACCACACAAAUCAACGCCUUCAUCUCAUUCCUUCUCGGAGGGAAGCCUAGCGACUCUGCCCGAGUCAUGGUAGUUGACGACCGCUUGGCAGAUCAGUCCGGCUCCGUGACGCAGUUCGUCACGUGCUAUCGCAUUCGACCAUUCUCUCCUCUCUUUGAGGGGAAGACGCUCCUUAUUGUUGACACACCCGGGUUUGGCGACAGCAGAGGCUGGCAACGUGAUGCCUUCACAACUGCCGCCAUGUCGGACUUUUUCAGAACUGUUUCUCAUGUUAAUGGAAUUUUCUUCACUUGUCGCGCCAAUGAGGCACGCACAACAUUUUUAAGUCCAAUCUCCACCUAUGUGUUCUCCUUAUUCGCCAAAAACGUCGCGCACUGUCUGCGUACGGUCUACACCUUCAGCGAUGCAGGGGCACCUCUGGCUCGUGAAGCCCUGAGGCGUCUUCACUGGCCCGUAGGCGAGCUUCGGGAAGUGGAGGCCAAUAAUGCCUGGUUCACAGCAACGCUGGACGUGGAGAAUCAGGUCAAGGUCCGCGACUGGUGGGUCAUGUCGGUCAAGGCCCAGAACCGCUUAAAGGAGAUGAUCCUGAAAAUGGGGCCGAAGCCCACCGACAGCAGUGCAACGCUUUCCAGGAAACGCAUCACUCUAGAACAGAGGUGCGAGCUGGUGGAAAGAAAGAUCUUGCAGACAGCCGACGAUGCAAGGUCCCUCAUCGCCAAGCUGGACUCCCUGGCUGAAGCUGUUGGCAAAGCACCGAAUGAAAAAAUAUUGGUGAUGGAGAAGAAGGUUUUCAAUCGCGAUGUUGCGGAGGGCUCAUAUACUACGCUUUGCACUACCUGCAACCGGACGUGCCACGAAGUAUGUUACAUCGCGGAUGAUUUAUGCAAGGCUCGUUGUGCCGCCAUGUCAGACGGGAAAUGCACUGUCUGCAAGGGCCGAUGCAGGUGGCAGGACCACAAGAACGCGACAUUUAUCAUAGACGUCAAGGACGUCGAGAACUAUGUCGUACCGGACGAGCUGAUCCAAGAGUGGAACAGUGCCAACAAUACGCUCGAAGGUGCCCUUCUUGGGGCCAUGGACGAGUACAUGGAAUUGCAGGAGGAGCUCCGACUCGACAUCACAUACCUGGCGGGCCUAACCGACGAAAUCAAGAAGACGGCCAUUAUGCAUGACCCGGAGGCUUUGAUAAACUACCUCGAAAGUCUCAUUCGAACAUCCAAGGCCAGGGGCGCCCCAGCUGAGCAGCUGGUCCAGCUCACAACCGCCAAGAACACAUUGAUUCUGGUCCGAGAGGUCAAAGACCGAGGCACAAGCGCUACGACGGAGUCACGGGUGCUGAUUGACGUCUUGGGUGCGGUCCGCAAAGAAAUGAGCAAGCGCAUGGUAAUGACUGCUAGUAUACGACGACAGGAGGAGUCUAAGCUUUGUACUAUGUAUAACAACCUGCUGGAGACACUGCCGCAGGAAAUUCGGGAGAAGGCGCCGCCACCACUGGAAAAACAGAGUUGGCUAAAGUGGUCACAUGGUGCUCUGUAUCCGGAGAACCUGAAGGCCGUGAUUAAGCUCGUGAAGGUAGUGUUGAGGGAUGGCGGCGUGGUUGCUGCCAUUGCUGCGCAGUCUGUUAACUUGAAUUAG